AUGGCGACCGAUGCCCCAUCGCAGAGCAUGCCUCCCUUCAACCUCUCCCAGUACCCUUCCGACGACGUGGACCGCUUGACAGGAGUUCGUAGAUCUCAACUCUCUCGAAACGUAUCGUCGGAUGAAGGGGACGCGACUGUCAACCUCCCACCAUCCAGUGCAAGCGCCAACACGCAGCUUGGACACGAAUCUAUGGGCUUCACCGGCAUGUUCAACCCCAACAACAACGGUUCGAGCAACACCGCCAUGAGCAACAGCAUCUCGAGUCUGCACAGCAACGCUUCGAGCACAACCUCAGGCAGCAACUUUGCCCCUUCUAGGACGGGCCUCGAUCAGGCCAGUCGUUUACGCCAGACGUUCAACACUGCCCGCAGCUCGUCGCCUCUUUCGCGCCCUCCUCUCUUCAGUCCAGGUCUGUUGCACGAAGUCGAGCGUUCGGCUCAACACCAAGUCAGAUCACCAUCUGGCUCCCACCCUGCCUCGUCACCGCCUCCCAGGAGCAACGUCACCUCUCCUCGUUACUUUUCCGAGGCUCAGCACUUGGCAAACGCGCCUCCGCAUCUUCAGCACAAUUUCCAGACCUCACAUCAGCAUUCUCAACCCCAGCAUCACCAUCAACAGCAGCAUAUCCAGCAACAGCAGCAGCAACAUCCCUCGCAACAGCAUUCUUCCAACUCUAGCAGCCACCCUCCUCCUCCGUCGCAUAUGUCGCAUCACCACACCGCCCCGAUGCAUCCGUCAUGGCAAGCUCGCAAUGGCGGCAUGGGCCCGCUCGACUUUCCGCCAUCGGCGCAUCCUUCGGGACUGGGUCCUUCAGAUCGCCCGCACUCGUCCAUGUCCGAACGCUCCUCCCGCAUUCACGAGAAUGCCGCUCACGCUAUGGCCCUUGGCGGCGCACAGAGUCCCGUCGGCAGUAUCAAUAAGGAGCCCGAGUUCAGCAUCUUUGUUGGCGACCUGAGUCCUGAUCUGCGCGAGGAGGAUCUCGUGUCCCAAUUCUUGCAACCCCCUGCUUGGCCUCACAACCACCCCUUUGCUUCCGCAUUGGUCCAUGCCCAGCAGACACAGGGCAUCUACCAGCCUGGCACACAUAUCGGCCCUGCGCCCUUCCACUCGACCAAGUCGGCCAAGAUCAUGACCGACCCGGUCACGGGCGUCUCGAAAGGCUAUGGCUUUGUGCGGUUCGCGCUCGAGGCCGAUUGCAACCGUGCCCUUGUCGAGAUGCAGGGCGUCGUGGUCUCGCCUGCCAAUGGUCUCUCGCCCGGUCGUCCGCUUCGCGUCAGUACGGCGACACCCAAAAAUCGCGGAGGUCCACCCCCUCCUCUGCUUGGACCGAAUGCACCAGGAGACCCGAGUCAGCAGCAUCUGCAAAUGCCGCGCCCACAUAACCCGGCUCAGAGUGCAGGACCUUCCUUCUUGUAUGGCGGCGCGCCGGGCGUUGGCGGACCAGGUGCUCGAUCUGAGGUGGUUUCUCCUCAGCCGCACCUUCGUCAGCAGUCGAGUCCAACCCAUCCUAGUUCGCUCGUCUCUCCCAUCUCACCCGCAUCGCCUUACGAAGGUGUUGGCGGCAGCAACAUGCCCGCUUCCUUCGGUCCACUCUACGGAGGCUUUCCAGGAAACGUCGUGGAUGGCCCUCGCGACGCGUCGCCUGCUGGCAUGGCGCGCUCGCACACGCCCUCGUCCGCCCCUGCGACCACGCAACAGGGCGGGGGUGGUGGCAACCCCGGCGACAGUGCGGCUGAUCCGAACAACACGACUGUCUUCGUGGGCGGCUUGUCGUCGCUCAUCUCGGAAGCCACGCUCACGAGGUAUUUCGAGCACUUCGGCGAGAUCACCUACGUCAAGAUCCCGCCCGGAAAAGGUUGCGGCUUUGUUCAGUAUGUGCGCAAGCAGGAUGCAGAGAAUGCCAUUCAGCGCAUGAACGGGUUCCCCAUCCUCAACUCCAAGAUUCGCCUCAGCUGGGGACGCAGCCAGGGCGACAAAGCAGCCGCCGCAGCUGCGCAGAAUAUGGCGCAGUAUGCCCAGCUGGGCGCGCUUGCUGGUCUCAGUCAGUCUCAGCUCGCGCAGCUCGUUGGACUUGGCAACGCUCUCAGUGCGGUACAAGCUCAGGCGCAGGCUCAAGCCCAGGGACCUGUGCAGAGAGGCCCGCCCGGAUUCGGUCUCGGAGGCGCAGGUGGUCUAGCCAACGAUCCUCUUUCGACGCUGGCAAGGCAGCUCGCCGCGGCGAAUCUCGGCGCUGGUGCUGCUCCGCCCGUACACGGUAGCCAGGGCCUUCCUAGCAUGGGACAGCGAGCACCUCUACCGUCGUUCCUUCAAAGUCAACAACACCAGCAACAGCAGCAUCCACCCCAACUCCCGCACUUCCAACCACAACAGCAGCAGCAGCAGCAAACCCCCUUCCGUGGCCAGCCUGGGUUUGCAUCCUCUCAGAACUCUGGUCUGCUUCCCAUGGGUCCGAACGGAGUCAUGACCGGCCCAGGCUAUGGCAGCAAUGGUGGUGGUGGUGGCAGCUCGCACUCGAAUCAAGGAUUCGACUUUGACCAACGAGGUGCGUCCUCCGAACAGGCAUUUGGACCGCAGGAUGGAUCUCGUUCACGACCGAUGUUCCCGCUCCAGCAACACCAACAGCAGCAGCCGGACGACUUUUCCGGGAUGCCGCCGCUGUCGGAAUCCGAGUUAGCGGAUGCCCUUGCCAGCCUGGAUUUUGACGAGACGUCGCGUGCCGCACUGGCUCAGCGACUGCAGGCCAUGCAGCAGCAGCAUCGAGACGGCGACGUAGACGGUUUUGGGGCCGGGUCCGGUUUCAAUGUCAAUCAAGGUUCUGCCAACAAGCGACCCGAUCCGUUUUCGGGAGGCUACAAUCGCGAUCCGAACGCGUUCAUGUUCAGCCCCUUCAGCCCGUCCGAUUCGCCCGUUGUGGGUGGAAAGGAUCUACCCAACUCGCAAUCCUCGUCCUCGUCGCUCCAUCUUUCGCACCGGGCGGACGAGGAUGGCGCAAACCCAACCAAGGAGGCCACCACGGGGGCUACUGGCUCUGGUAGCGGUGCUGAUCGUUAA